CAGCGCUGCAGUGCAGUCUCGGAGCCGGGGAAGGACUGCAGCGAGGACCAUCUGAUUUUUCAAUCACCCUGCUUCACAUCAAACAGUUCAUCACAUGGACCCGAACGGCACCCAGCUGGAACCUGAGCUCUCGCAGCAAGACACCCCGUGCCUGAUUGUAGAGGACUCCCAGGCUGAGAGUGUGCUGUCGGAGGAUGACCCUGAGCAGAGCUACCGGAAUCUCCAAGCCCGGUGCCUGUCGAACCUGCAGCCCCGCACACACAGCCCAGUGUUGGAGCUGAUUGCUGGCCCACAGGCAGCCAAGACCUCGGCAGGAGGCGACAAAGAGAUCUCUGGCCGGAAGGAGAUGCAUCACAAAGUUCUGGGCACCAUGGAAACAACGGCGUGUCAGAAGUCUGGUGAACCAUCCAUUCCUUCGAUGGAGGGUCUGUCAGAGCCAAAGGUGCAAAGCCGCAGUCCUGUCAGUGUCCAGCCAAGCUCGCAGGAGGUGGACCCCGAAUUUGCAGAUUCCACAACCAACUCCGUCACUGCUGAAGGUUUGUCCCAGGCUGGUCUGGGAUUGCUCGAAUUAUCAGAGAGCCAAGGGAGUGAUCCCGAGGCGAGUGGCGACAGGGCAGGUGGGAGCACUCAUGGAUCUGAGGAGAUCAAUGUGGACACCUGCAGUGAAGAACCAGAACCCGACACUAAUGCUGGGCUAACAGUGAGUGAUAAGCCUUUAACUGGGACUGGAAGCAGCCACCUGCCUGAGAGGUCGGAGGUUACCUCGAGUGUAUCCACGUGGCAGGGGGAGCUGGGAGCUGGCGCACAGGCCCAUUUCCUGAUGCCUUCUGGACUGCGGAUUGAGGGACCUCUAUCCAUAGCAGGCCCGGAACAUUCCAAGACCAUCCUGUCCCAAGAGGAGGCUGUGGAGCCCACUUUGUCAGGUCCCACUGCAGCCAUCCAUCUGAGAAAUGAAAGUGUUUUGGUUGCUCACGUCGAUCGCCUGCAAGUCCUGCAUCUUUCUGGGCAGCAGUCCCUGGUCCAGGAGAGUCUGUCGGAAAGUUCCAGUAAUGUGAUUGACCCAUCCCAGGAGUCCUUCGGACCAACCCCUAUCAUUGUUCCCAACAGCCCGACCAAGCAAGACCCAGAUUUAGCAGAGGAGCCAAUGGAUACCUCCGUGCCACUUACCAGCCAAUCGGGGAAAGCUCCAUGUGAGGAGGAGGAGCCAAUGGAAAUGGACCAGCCGGUGGAGCAGACUGAGCGCGCUUCCCUCCGAGCUCCACAGGCAUCGACUCCAGUAUCUGAGAGCAUUCCCGCUUUCACAGCUGGACAGCUGCUCCCUGUGCCUUCGCUGCCAGACCUCUCCCAUGAUAUUUUCGUGCCCACACCCAGCCUGAGAGAAGGCAGUGGCCAUGGUGGAGGGGUCACGUCUGCUGUGGAUCUGAAGGGAAACCCCUCUAGCAUACCCGAGGACAGAGAGGCGAUGGGGGAGAGGGAAGACCGAGGACGGACUGGGAGCUCAGACCUUGGGGGGUUUAAGAAACACGACGAUGGGGCCGGGGAGCCUUUUGAACUGAGACUGUCGGCCAGCGAGCGCCUGCAGCUGAUGGAGACGGACGACAGUGAGUCCCAGGCUGAGGAGGAUAGCCAGGCCACGCAGAUCGAAGGAGGAGCUGGUGAAGAUCCCACCGUGAAAGGAGAGUCUGAGGGAAACCACAGCGUUCACCUCCGAUUGACGGGAGAGAGCCAAGAGCCCAGCCAUCGAGCCGCGGUUACAGAUGCUCCGGAAAGUGCUGCCGAGGGGCCGGAUGUCAAACACAGUGCGGGUGAGCUAGCUGCGGGUGAGGCGCCCGGCAGAUCUGAGCAAUCGAGCAGAGUGUCGCCCCCCUCUCCCCUCCUUCGCCCCAGCUCUCCCCACGGGGACCCGCCCAAACCCGUCCUCCUGGUGAAAGGAGCAGCGGUGAAGGAGAUGUCGAUGUGUGAGGCAGAGGGUGGACCCGGGGCUCCCAGAGUGGAGGAGCACGAGGUGAGACGAACUGUCAAAGAGGACGGGAGUGGGACUGUCCAAGGAGUGACCCUCCUUCUCGAAGCUGCACAAUCUGAGACACUCUGCAAGACAUCACGACCGAAGGAGGACGAGGAGCUGAUGGAGCAGGAGCUGGACGCUCCGUCUGACUUGGGAUUAAAGGAGAGCCCCAGUGAGGCGAGGGCCCCAGUCUCCGCUGAACCGGAAUGUUCUGAGUCCCCGGAGCCUCCUGUUACAAAUUCUGGACGUUUCCGAAGCAGGGAGGGCGAGGGGGCAGCUACUGUUUCCCGGAGCCUUGGGGCCGUUGGCGGGAGUCGGCAGGAGGGCGGGGAGCUGGUUGUGAUGGUGCGGCCGAAACCGCUGGAGGGGGUCCUGCUGAUAUCGGAGAAACUCCACAGAGCGUCUCCAGGAGACCGCGACGCUCGCCCCAUCGACAGCAAGCUGCCGCCUUCACCGGCCGUCGGUACGGCUGAGCCCGGGAAGCAUCUCCAGGCAAAGCUGGUCAUCAAGAUGCAGGCUGGAGAUCAGGCCGAACCGAAGGUGCAGCCUAAAGAUCGGGCCUCCCUGAUGGAUCCGAAGAACGUGAGCGGCCAGAGCCCGAGACACGACCGGAGUUACCCAGGGGGACAGAACCACCAACUUGAGGCCACGGAAUUCCCAAAACCCCGUGGCGUUGGCCCGAUAACGGGACCUCCGAAGCCGGAGGUGGAAGCUGAUGAGCAGAGUCGGAGCACGGGAUUGGCAGAUGUUCCACAAUCGGAGCAGUCCGCCAAGAGCCUUCUGGACAGUUCUGGUGAAAUUCCUUUCCACUUCACAUUACCGAAAGAGGGUGAUGUUAUCCAGCCGAUAGUUGGUGGUACCCCGCCUCUCAUUGGUUCGUUGAAGCAAGGCCCCAGGCACAGCACUCCCAUUGAGCUUGAAGACCGUGCCAUAGCAACGACAGAUGUCACGCCUGACAAUGCCAUGGCAACCAGUGAUGUUACAGCGGAGGGAAGUGUACGAGGAACGGCAAGCCCAGAGUCCCCCUCAGCCGCCACAGCCAAUGGCAAACUCUGUCUGAGGAUGCAGCUGGAGACUCCGGUCCAGGAGGACGGUAACCACUCAGCCGUCUUCAGUCUCGAAAAGCCCCUUCUGGCAGGAGCACCGACAUCUGCUGCUGAAGCUGUUGCCAGCGUGGUUAUGAUGCCAGACCUGCCGAAUUUCUGCCGGCUGUUCUGUUUGUUUAAGGGAUCAGGACAUCAAAAUACACCUCAUGGUCUCCCAGGCGAGGAGGGGGUGGGUGAGCCCCAUGAAGACCACAAAGCUUGGGUGCGCCAGCCGCGGUUGAAGCCACUGGUUUGGCGUCACUGUGUGCUGCCCCAGAUCCGACCGGGACACGCCGAUGAAGAGGAGGUUGAGGAAACUCCGGAGGAAUCCAUGCCCGGAUCGAGUGUUGGCAAACGGUCAGCUGGGAGCGCCGGGGAGAGCGAGGACGAGGCCAUGGAGCUGGACGUGGUGAGCUGUGCCCAGGGGCCGCCCAGUAGCUGGAGGAAGAGCCCCUCGGACAGGACUGUGGAGGUCAGCGAGACCCCGGGGGGGCGCCCCAGGGGCGAGGGGCAAGAGGAGGUGGUGGGCACCAUCUUGCUCUCACACGCUGCCACUCAGACGGCUGGCAAUGAUUCCCCCAACGUGGGAGAGGGCAGCAAGAGGCCGUGCCAAGACGCCAUGGUGCAGACUGAGGCUUCGGCCGAGAAACCCCAGAUGAGAUCGAGGAGCACAUCCUUCCACAGCAACGCAGGGCCAGAGGAUCGUGAUACAGACUCCUUCCACAGCCAGGAGAGUGAGGAUCCUGUGGUGGAGUGUCGGGAAUAUGAGAACGAGGUGUCUCCAUCUCGGGCCACGGGCUCCAUGACCUCUGGGGAUCUGGGCGAUAUCAGCUCCUUCUCCUCCAAGGCGUCCAGUUUACUUCGAGCGUCAAGUGGGACCAGUAGCAGCAGCAGCUUGGGAACGGGCACUGCUGCUCCGGAACGGGGGAGAGGUACCACUAUCACCCGAGGGAGGAACGGGGGUCCAGACCCUCGAGAGUUUGUGGUGCCCAGCGGCAGAGGGAUCCACUCCAAACUGAGCCCCAGGAAGGUUGGAGUUCAGUACUGGUCACCGUCCAAGCAGCCUCUGGCUGGGCUUGCAGAGACUGAGGAGAUCACCAUCAGCAACAAACAGACACCGAGGAGCCCCCCGCCCCGGGGCAGGGGUAAACGAGGGCGGCCACCCAUCAGAUCUCUCAUUGGGAGGUCUCGUGUUGUACCGCCUGCAGGAAUUGUGAAGGCCCACCGCAAGGAAGCUGAGGAGUUUUACUAUUGUAUCGAGAAGGAUGGCCUGCAGAAGUGGUACAAGAGGAUGGCUGUUAUCCUGUCACUGGAACAGGGCAACCGACUGCGGGAGCAGUUUGGUCUGGACCCCUGUGAGGCCACCACACCCCUCACCAUGGCAGCGGACAUCAGCUUGGAUAACCUGGUGGAGGGGAAACGUAAACGCCGCAGCAACACUGGGGCCAGCACUCCGACCCGGAAACAGGGAGAGAGCCCGCGGGGUCCCACCUUCUCCGGGAAGAGGAAGCUGAUGGGCUCGGAUGAGGAACGCUCUCCCGCAAAACGUGGACGCAGACCGGGGACGGGAAAAUCUGGGAUCCUGAAGCCGACAGGGUUUCUCAGUCCCUCUGAGGGAGAGGUUUCCAGUGAAUCUAGCUCCAUGUUAGAAACUCAACACGGUCCCAUCCCGAAAAACCCCGCCCUGUUUGUGGGCUACGCCUUCAUCCUGACAGCAGCCAGCGAGUCAGAUCGAAGGACCAACAAACAAGCUCAACACGAUGGAGCCAUCAGCAGCGAGGAGGAGGAGGAGUACGUGGAGACUGCAGCCUACAACAAGCAGUACACCGAGAGGCAGCUCCGCGCUGGUGGGGGUUACAUUCUGCAGGAUUUCAAUGAAGCCCAGUGUAAAGCUGCGUACCAGUGUAUCCUGAUCGCAGACCAGCACUGUCGGACCAAGAAAUACUUCCUGUGUAUCGCCAGCGGCAUCCCAUGUGUGUCUAACCUUUGGGUACGGGACUGCGCCCUGGCCAAUCAGCUGCAGCCUUACAAGAAUUACCUGCUUCCGGCAGGAUACAGCGUGGAGGCGGAUCGGAUCCUGGAGUGGCAUCCCCGGAGCACUCCGUUCAAGAAUAUGACGUUGUUGUUGGUGUCGGACCAGCAGGAGGGUUUCCUCAGCCUCUGGUCGGAGAUCCUGAUGAUGGGAGGGGCGAUGUCGGUCAGACAACACAACUCCUCAGCUCACAACAAAGACGUCCCGUUGGGAAUCUUCGACAUGGUGAUCACGGAUCCCUCCUGUCCAGUGUCCUUGCUGAAAUGUGCGGAAUCACUUGCUCUCCCUGUGGUGUCUCAGGAGUGGGUCAUCCAGAGUUUGAUCACAGGACAGAAAGUCACUCCCUACAGCCACCCCAAGUACAAACACACCUACAAACCCAGUUAAAGGGAAAUGUCCCAUUGUGUCCCUUCUCCUCCUCCCUCCCCCUUCCUUGCUCCCUCAACCGCCAAUCAAUUGUGCCGUUGUUUUACAUUUUAGAAGCUUUUAAUCGUCUGUGUUUGUAACUGCAUGUAUGAAAAUGUACAUAGUUUUAUUGGUUUCAUUUUUAUUAAAAAAUAAUCGAAUAAACUGC